GCAUGGACAAGAAUCCCUAUAAAUACGCGUAACCUUUGAGAACGUUUCUUGCACCAAUCACAUAACAAGUAAACAUACAAGUUUCCUACAACUUUUGUGCUCCUAUAUUAGAAAAAUGGCGAGGAUGGUGAUGAUGGUCAUAUGUGUAGUGGUGACUUGCAUGGUGGUGGCGGCACCCUAUGCAGAGGCUAUUACAUGUGGUCAGGUGGUAAGCAGUUUAACUCCAUGCAUUGGCUACCUAACAAACGGUGGUGCUGUGCCACCGGCAUGUUGCAGUGGGGUUAAGGCAGUCAAUAGCGCUGCAAAAACAACCCCUGAUCGUCAGACGGCUUGUGGUUGUAUAAAGAGUGCUUCUGCAAGCAUGUCCAACAUCAAUGCGGGAAACGCUGCUAGCCUCCCCAACAAGUGUGGUGUUAACAUCCCUUACAAGAUCAGUCCAAGCACUGAUUGCUCCAAGGUGCAGUGAGUCCGAGAUGUUUAUGCACGUUUGGAAGAUUUGAAGCAUAUAUAUCUAAAUUACAAUAAUUAAAGAGAGCACUAUUUUUGUUUAAAAGUUAUAUAUGUUACUUAAUGUCUCUAUGAUUUGUACUGCCUUUUGACAUAAAAUAGUGUUCUUGUUAUAUUUGUGAUGUCAUCAUCACCUUACUUAUA